GGGAGGGAUAGAGAGAGGGAGAGAAGGUGAGAGAGAGGGGGGGGGAGUGUGAGGGAGAGAGGGGGCUACAGACUGACGGAUGCGUGUGUAUACAGGGCUGGACAUCAGAGCCGUGGUGUAGUUGUAGGUCGGUCAGUGUGUGGAGCUGGUGGUCUCCGGCCCCCGUGCACCAUGCGGCCCGUGUGGUCAGUGUGGGCCGGCUCGCUGCUGCUGCUGCUGCUGGUGGCCGCAGUGUCCGGCUCCACGUUCAAGUCCGCCCGCCUGCACCGCUGGUCAGUGGCCGGGCUGGGCUACCUGAAACACCGCCUGUGCCGGAGGGUGACCUUCCUGUCCGAGGCGGAGUGCAGCCGCCUGGCCCACAUUCCCCAGACAGCGGUCAGCGUGUCUGCAGCCGAGCCGCGGGCCGGAGAGAAGCUGCUCACUAUCCUGCCCGACUCCGGCCUGAGGCUGGGGGCUCCUCACGAUGCCGUCAUUACCCUCGACCCCAGCCCCCAGCUCAGCUACGGACAUCCCAUCACCGUCUUCUUCAUAGACUUCAGUGUCAACGAACGCCGCUGCCUGGCCCGCAGUGGUCACUACCUGGGUAACCACGAGUGCAUGAUGUUGGCGUUAAAGAGCCGCUGUGAGAACGUGCUGAAGCGGAGAACCAGCCGGGCCGAGCGGCAGAACGCCAGGGGCCGGGGGAGGAAGCGACCAGUGGGGCCGGGGGGCGGCGGGAGACCACGGAGAGAGAGCGCCGGCUCGGCAGGGAGGGCACGUCGUGAGGACCGGCUGGUGGGUCUGUGUGAGAUCCACUUUGUGCCGCUGGUCGUGGGGCAGAGGGACGAGAACAAGGAGCAACGGCUGCACUGUGUAGAACAGAAGGGUUUUGCUCCGUGCCCGCGGCCCCUGGCCAUCAGCAGCCCCCACCCUGCCUCCGCCGACUGUGAACUGAACAAGAACACACAGCGGUGUCACCGGCAGCAGCUCUCCUCACAUACAUCAUGCCGCAUGUACCAGACCUGUGACCAUGGGGUACUGGUCUCUGGGGGAUGGAAGGAGCAUCUAACCAACCAGCAACACGUCAACAACCUCAUCCGCUUCCAGCGCAUGCUCCGAGCCAACGGCUUCCGACCGGAAAACAUCAAGACCUUCUUCGCCGGAGACGGGCAACUUCCCGUGGGCGAGGAGAACGAGGGCGUGUACCCGGCCACGGAGAAGGUGAUGAUCCGCAGCCACUUGUCCUACAUCUGCCGAGCGACCAACUGCGCUGACUCCCUGGUCCUGUACCUCAACAGCCCCACCAGGAACGACGGGACCAUGCUGCUGUGGGACGUCAACAACGAUGGGAUAGCUGACCAGAAGGAGAGGUACACAGUGGGGGAGCUGCUGAUGGAUCUGGAAGGGUGCAAAGCCAACAGAGUGUUCAUCUUCGUCGAUCAGAGUUACCCCGGGACGCUGGUGAAGAAACUGCGCUCCUCCAGCAAGCACCCCAAUGUUGUGGUCAUCGGCAACAGCAGGGGCUCCGACUUCACCUGGGCCUCAACCUUCACGGACUUCUGGGCUGAACUGCAGCCCAACCAAUGCAUCAGUGAUCACAUCCUCAAGAAUAUUGCCUGGACUGCCCCUUCGAGCCUCGGCAUCAUCGAGGCCACUCCCGGCCUGAUGAACAGUACAAUCUACGGAGGCCCCUGCUACAACAACCCACCACUGACUGCGGAGGAGGUGAAGAGGGAAUACAUGGGCUGCCAGAACCUGCCAACAGCAGUGUGGUACCAGACUAUCCAGCGGAAAGACCCGGCCCAUUAGCUGCUGCCCUAUCGUGACGUCACAAACUGUGGGACAGGGAACUCUGCGAGUGCAAGAUUUGUGAAUAUUUUAACCAUUCCGUUCUGGGGGGGAGCGAUUGUACUAAAAAGGUCAAAUUUACUUCGAACGCAGCGACCAGCGAGAUGUUUAAGAAGGAACUGCAGAUGCUGGAA